AUGCUCGGCGUCAAUGAUGGUGAACAUAUAAUCCUGUAUUCUCGGGACGAUCGAGGAGGAAUGGAGUACAGUACCAAAUUCUCCUGGCUGUUGAAGGCACGCAUUCCUUCUUUCCAUUUCUCUUUGGUUACCCAUAUGUCUUAUGGUCACGAGAAGUCAUCAGUUCUUGAUGGCGGCUUCGCUUUGUGGGAGAAGAAAGGACUUGAAAUUAGUACUGAAGACGUACAGCUUCCGGCUGGAACGUGGAAGGCCAAAGAUAAUAUCGCUCCUAACAAUAUCAAAUAUGAGGAGUUGAGAAAGGAGGAAGGUGGAAAGCAGUACAUAGAGCGGACUGACGAAGUAAACUUUCUGGAUGCUCGCAUUCGUGGUCAGUUCAAUGGCACCGAGGAUACGGGGAUGGAUGUGCAU